ACUCCUCCCUCAGAGUCCAGCAUGCUGUCACCUCAGCCUCCAUCAGUUCCUUCUUGGACAAGUGUCUCUCCUCCACUCAGACGUCUCUUGGAUUUAUCAGGAAGCAUUUAAUUCUGACUCAGGAUGUCUUUUGGAGGAGGGAAAAAGUGUGGCUGCUGCCAGAAAACCGUCUACUUCGCCGAGGAAGUGCAGUGCGAGGGGAAGAGCUGGCAUAAAUCCUGUUUCCUCUGCAUGGUCUGUAGGAAGAACUUAGACAGCACCACAGUAGCUGUUCAUGUGAAUGAGAUCUACUGCAAGUCCUGCUACGGCAAGAAAUAUGGGCCAAAAGGCUACGGAUUCGGAGGAGGAGCUGGCACGCUGAGUAUGGACACAGGAGAGGGACUCGGAAUCAAACCUGAAGUACAAGCUCCUCACCGUCCUACCAACAACCCAAACGCCUCAAAGUUUGCUCAGAAAGCAGGAAGCUCAGAUGUGUGUCCUCGAUGUGGAAAAAAUGUGUAUCUAGCCGAGAAAGUCAUCGGAGGAGGCAACUCGUGGCAUAAGAGCUGCUUCCGCUGUGCCAAGUGUGGCAAAGGGCUGGAGUCCACGACCCUCGCGGACAGAGACGGGGAAAUCUACUGUAAAGGUUGCUACGCAAAGAAUUUUGGUCCCAAAGGCUUCGGCUUCGGUCAAGGUGCAGGAGCUCUGGCUCACUCCCAGUGAAGCCUAAAGCGUCAGAACACCUGGUGCUCCCUGAAUGUUUUAAUCUCCAUUUCUCACCAAUGUCACGCUGCACUUUCACUCGUGCUACAACAAACGACAGAAGCAACGACCCGCAGCUUCGUCUCUUGGCUUUAUUUGGCUCCUGAACUCGGCGUUGAAGGUUAAAAACACUGACAUCCGGGUUCGGGUUUAAUAAUGCAAAUGCGUUGGUUGCAAUAUUACAAGAUAUACACUGUUAUUAGAAACGUUUUGCACGUAUGGCCGACAAAUGUGUUUGUGUCAGUAAGAAAGAAGCAAAUAAAAUUCUAUUAAACAGAAAGAAAUAUUGUUUAAGUUACAUUGAAGGUUAUCUUUACUGCCUUGCAUAACACAAUGAAUAAACUUAAUGUUUAUAGAAAUGCUCCUUUUUUUGACACAAAAUAAUAAUAAAAAAAAUUAAAGUUUCCCUCAUUCUGAAUUCUAAUGGCUGUAA